CAAAUGACGAUAUUACCAGAUCAGUAGCCGUCAUUCCCUUUGAAGGUAGGCGAUACGUCAUAGAGGAAAGUACGUACCACUCACAAUCAAUCCUCCUAUUGGUUUUUAGCUCGUAUGUGGGAAAGAGGCAUAAACGAAAGCAUUAAACGACAUCCGAACAAUGUCUGUCUUGGGGUUAAUCGAUAAAGCAUUUUGUAUUGUAAACAAGGCAUUCCUUACGUCUGCGCUCCGUUGCUUCAUUUAAAAAGAAGUACCAUAAAAUUACACAACCCUUUAUUGACUUCGUUAUUGCGCGGAGGAUAAUCUGGUGUGAGGUCGAGCUCUGUUUGUGUGUUGGCAACCUAACGGGACUUUCUUCGAUAUCACUUUCACUGUGUUGAUUGGAAUGAGGAUUAUCUCUUGUAAACACAAGUUCCAUGGAUUAUAAAUAUCUGAUCAUACGAGGAGAAAGUAGUGAAAACACAGAAUAUGUGGUGAAUAAUGCAGGGCAUCACAAGUAGCAAUUGUUUGAAAAACUCGUCAAUGUUAGAUUAAACAAAGAGGAGGAGGUCUGAUACUGCUUAUAUGCCUAUACGUCGUUUGUAUUUGAUCUCGCCGUCUAUUCACCACAAUAACACCAUACUUUAUGAAGACUCAGUACAAAAGUACACCUUUCAAUUGAUGUAAAGAUACUUAAAAGGAAAUCACGGUUAUUAAAGAUGACGACUACUGAAAAAAACAACAAAGACAUGGAAGCUGUCGCGGAGGUUGAGGCACCCGAAACCAUCCCCGUACGAUGGGCGACACUAGAACCGAGGAAGAUCCUACGAAAGCAAACAACGCGGUUGACCAUCAUCGACGAACCAACCGCCAUCGUGACUUUAGACGACGACGACGAGUCAACGACACCAGCGUCCGAAUCGAAGACGCUAUGUCAUCGCUUCAACAAUAUGUGCAGCGGUUCCUGGACAGAGCUGGACAGAGUUCAGAAGAGAUUCCUCUUCCAAGGGGUGAUGGUUAGGGCUAUUCUCAUGGCUCAUAGUUUCUUUAUCUUCUAUGCGGCAUUAGUCUAUGUCCAUGUGACAGCUUACAUCUGCAUUUGCCUUUGUUACGCAGCUCUGUCAUUUGCUGAAGGAAUCAUCAUGUACAAAAUACGUGGGUUCUCACAAAAGAAAUGGAUCUGCACAUCAACCCUCCUCUACACGGUGAGUGUGAUACCGGCCAUCUGGGCGAUCCAUAUCUCGAUGCUUCACGUGAGGGAGAGGGAUGGCUACGAAACGUGUCUGCAGAAUUACAGCUCCUGCCACAGCCACCCAGCCUACGACCAAGUAAUGCACACUGUCACGACGAGAUCGUUUGUAGCCACGACCUACAGCGAUUACGAGCGCCUUACCAAUGUGGUACAAUACACCGUCGUCUUCGUUCUCAUCUUCUGUCGCUGGCUCCUCCCCAGAGACAACUUCACUCGCGAGAAGGUAGCCCAACUUCUCCUGGUCCUGGUCGGGUCGGGCGAGGACAUCGUCGAGUUCGUCACCGUCAUCUUCACCAGUGGUCACUUCGGAUGCAGUCGGGCCAUCACCGUGGUCGUACUGGUGCUCUGGAGUAUCGCCAUCUUCCAGUUUAGCAUCGCCAUCCCAGAGAAGAAGAACAGGGUGCACGUCGAGAAACCGGAAAACGAUCAUCUUAACAUGUGGGUAGAUGCUGUCAACCAGCUACUGGCAAAGCGUCGUGAGACGGCAGGUGACAUUUCAUUGUAUGUUGCCAAAAAGCAGAUUAGACCACUCAGUCGGAUGAUGCAACGGCGGAAGACAGUACCCAACAUCGGUCCAAACAACUGGGUACAAUCAAUAGAAUUCAGAGAGGCGAUAAUAUCCAUCACAAUACAAGACGGCCCCUUCUUGGUAUUUCGAUUGGUCGCACUCGCGACGUUAGGCGACGCGGCGUUUUCGGUGUACUUUUACGCGCUGAAGAACCUGACGGUCAUCAUGCUUCAGAUUUACCGGGUUUACGCCAUGCUGGUGGAGAUUAGGCAACGUCGACGCGAAAGCCUGUUACCUGUGAACAACGGUGCCGCAAAUGACGUGGAGAACAAUAACAUGGAGACGGAUGAUUCCUCAACUUCGGUGUCGGAUAAUUUGACGGUGACCGAAAAAGUAUACGCUUUCGAUGAAGGAUUGACAGGCAAAGGCGGCAAUGGAGGAACGUUAAAUUCAAUGAGCCAGGCCGAUCUCCAUGGAAACCACCACAACAACACAAAGGGGGGCAGUCUUAAUAGAGGUUUGGAGAGGGCGCCCGUCAUGUUGCCUACGUCAAGCGAAAGUGAUCUAAGAACAAGGCGCCAGAGCAAAACCGUUGAAAAUUCCCAUAGUUAACCGAGAAAUGAAGCAAAUGACCAUGAUAUCUCUAUGAUGACGUACAAACAUUGAUUUCAUUGAGUUCUUGUGACAUGUAGGACUCUAUUUUUGCAAGAAGCAUAAAUUAAAGCUCCUAUCUAAAAAUGCGCGAUGCUCAUACUUUUCUUAGCGUGUAUUCAAAUAUUCUAAAAACCUUGCCAGAUCUUUUAUUUAUUUCUUUCGUCGUCUAUUGGCCUCUUCUUUUCUUCACCUUUUAUCUUUUCCUUUCUAGCUUGCUUUACAUGUUAUGUAAUAUGGGGAUUAGCCCGACAAUCUGUGACAGGGGUUAACAGUGACAACGUUUUUUUCAAGUACGUUGGUGGGGGGGGGGGGUACAAUCUAAAACGGCUGCCAAGGGAUGGAGGCACAAUAGAGGGCAUAUUAGUCUUUUGCACUUCAUGUCACGAAUUAUUGUACAAAUUAGAAAUUCUUAAAGAAACUGUAUUCCUACUUGUUUGUUUAUCUUCAUCAUUGCCUUACUAGCCUGAUCGAAGGUGCAAAGUUAACACGCAUGGGAAAGGGGGGGAAUUUUGCAACAUAAACUAUGUACUAUGUACUUUUUUUAUUUACCGAUAGUAAGAUAAUCAUGUGGAUCUAAUUAAUGGUUAUAUAUAAUUCAGGGGAAACGAGUAUUUGACGCGGCCGAAGAAUGAACCCCCACCCCCCCCCCCCCAAAAAAAAAAAAUAA